CGGGGCUCCCACGGCCGUUUCAGCAUGGCGGCUGGCGCGGCGGCUGCUUUAGCGUUCUUGAACCAAGAGAGCCGAGUCCGGGCUGGGGGCGUCGGGGGCCUGAGGGUCCCGGCCCCGGUCACAAUGGACAGUUUCUUCUUCGGUUGUGAGCUCUCCGGCCACACCCGCUCCUUCACUUUCAAGGUUGAGGAGGAGGAUGACACGGAACACGUGCUGGCGUUGAACAUGCUGUGCCUUACCGAGGGGGCCAAGGACGAGUGUAAUGUGGUGGAAGUUGUGGCCCGGGAUCACGACAAUCGGGAGAUCGCAGUUCCUGUGGCCAACCUCAGGUUGUCUUGCCAGCCCAUGCUCAGUGUGGAUGAUUUCCAGCUCCAACCACCUGUCACCUUCCGCCUGAAGUCCGGUUCCGGCCCUGUUCGGAUCACUGGUCGGCAUCAGAUCGUUUGUAUAAACAACGACCUUUCUGAAGAAGAAAGUGAUGAUGAGAGCGAAGAUGAAAUUAAGCUGUGUGGUAUCCUUCCUGCCAAAAAGCACAGGGGCAGACCCUAGCCCCCUGGUCAGGUAACUGCUUGCUACAGGUGCCAUGCUCCGUGUGUUCCUGGACAAGCUCAAAGAUGGUUUUCUCGCUGAAGAGACUCGGGGGUGGAGGGAGGGAUGGGCUGUGGUUCCUGAGGCUUCCCUUUUCUAUUGGGGUGGGACGACCUUUGAACACCUCUUCUGACCCACCAACCCAGAUUCAGUUCCCAGCACUGCAAA